AUGGAGUUGGAGUCAAAUCUUAGAGAAGAAAACCUCAGCACCGAAAUCUGCAAGAAAGAUGAAUUGUUAUCAUCAUUUGAAAAUUUUGCAUCAGCAAAAGGUAAUAAUUAUCUACAAGAAUUUCAUCACUUGGAUCAUCAACUUCAUCCCAUUGCUAAUUCAUCCUCAAAUAAUCAUGUCAUGGAAGACGAAAAUCUGUGUAGUAAUUUCGAUUCUUUGAACAAUAAUCAAUACUCACAUGGUAUUGAUCAAGAAAUGUACGAGUUUAACUAUAAAGGAAAUGCUGCAGCAGAUCAAGUGAUGGACAAUUUCCAAAACUGUGGAGAUUAUUAUUACUAUUGCAACAAUUUUCAUCAAAGGAACCAUCAAAUUGAAAUAAUGGGAUUGGAAAGAAACUCCAUUAACAUUCCAUUGAAUUUCCCAGAAAUAAAACCUGUAAAUUUCAUGGUACCUGAUGAAGUUUCCAGCAUAGAUUCAGCAAGAAAUGGGCAUAUUCAGAAAGGUAUUAUCAAUAAUAAGAAUGUUAAUUUUUCAUCUUUGUUAAGAACAUCUAAAGGUCGAAAGAAGCCAAAUGUGAUCAAAGGCCAAUGGACAGUUGAAGAAGAUAGAAACAGGCUUUUGAUUCAAUUGGUUGAACAAUAUGGAGUGAGAAAAUGGUCUCAUAUUGCACGCAUGUUGCCAGGGAGAAUAGGAAAACAGUGUAGAGAAAGAUGGCAUAACCAUCUCAGGCCUGACAUUAAGAAAGAUACAUGGAGUGAAGAAGAGGACAGGGUAUUGAUUGAAGCACAUUCAGAAAUAGGGAACAAAUGGGCAGAAAUUGCAAAGAGAUUACCUGGAAGAACUGAAAACUCGAUCAAAAACCAUUGGAAUGCAACGAAGAGAAGGCAAUACUCGAAGCGAAAAUGCCGAUCCAAAUAUCCCAGAUGCUCUCUUCUACAGGAUUACAUUAAGAGCCUGAAUCUGGACUCCAAUACCGCCGUUCGCCACCAGAAGAAAAGCUCUGCCGCCAUCUCCUCCGCCGUCAACAAUAAUAACAAAUCAAAAUCGGCUGAUCAUCACUAUCACCAUCAAGUACAAACCACUGAUUUUUGCCCGAACGAUUGGACGGUUCCGGAUUUCGAUUUCAAGGAAGAACCAGAGUUUUACCUCGACGAUAGUUUCUUUCCGGAAGGAUGUAGCAUUAACUCGCUCAUGGAGGAUAUUGUUGGCGCUUCUGUUGAUGAAGCUAAUAAUUAUGAUCGGAAAAGAUACAACGACAAUAACGAUGAAUCGGUUGAGCUUCGUUGCGUUGAAAUGAAUAAAUUACAGUAUUAUGCUCCGGUGAGUACGGCGGUGGCGGGGAUGGAGUUUGAAGUGAAGAAAGAACUCGACUUAGUAGAAAUGAUGACUCAAGUCAAUGAAGUGAACAGCAUGAUGAAAUAAUGAAUCAAUGUGUGGGAACAAAAUCUAAAUAGC